UCUCGCCGUCCCUAAUUAAAAACAAUACAGCGCCAUCUAGUGUUCACUUCAAAUACAAACAAACGCGCCACUGCUGUUAUCAUAAUAACGUGACCUCCUCUCUAACAAAAUAUACACUUUACGGUGUUUAACAGAGCUCAUAAUCAAAAUACUCUAAUGAAACCCAUAACACUUACACGUUUAACCCUGUUUACAUGGUAGAAUCACGGCGUUUCGAGCUCAGUAAAGCGGAACUGAUGCGCGUCGUUUUUGUUUCCGCCGGACACAGAGAGCGCUGAACUUACAAAACAUAAACACAACAGAUUUUCACCACCAUGCUUGUUCAUUACAGCGGGGUUCUGCUGUAAACGAAGCCGCUAUGAGGGUUGCUAACAGGCUGUUCAGCAGUGAAUGGAGGAGGUUUUUGAGCAGGGAUGUGUCCUCAUACACACAAGGACAGAGUCCCGAGGCGAGAAUCAGAGAGUAUUUCUACUAUAUCGACCAUCAAGGACAGCUGUUUCUGGAUGACACCAAGGUGAAAAACUUUGUCACCUGUUUCAAAGACCAGCACUUCUUAGUGUUCUUCUUCAACCGUCUGAAGGUCAAUCAGAGCAGCCGAUAUGAACAGGACUUCCCCUUCCUCUCGCUCUGCGGACGCGAGCGUAACUUCCUGCGAUGUGAAGACCGGCCCGUGGUUUUCACACACCUGGUAUCGGAGGCGGGGCACGAGGAGCGUCUGUCAUACUGUGGAGGCGGAGCCAAACUGACCGCUCCGUUCCGCCCAGAAUCUCUCUUCAUGCACCCAGUCAGCGGUAGAGUGUACCAUCCCGGACCGGAGCGGGGGGGAGGCGUGGGGUUGGUACGGUCAGCGCUGGCCAUUGAGCUGAGCACUCACUUUGAGUACGCCACGGGUCAGGAGAGCACGGGACAGCCCACUCAUUUCAUAUGGGCGGGGCAUCCACACACUCUAACCAAUGAGCUGGCCAAACAUUUUCCUGUUUAAAAAGAUGAAUGUGUGACGCUACAGUGAUUCAGUCAACCAACAGAUAGGUUAUCAUCAUUAAAAUCCUGCUGAAAUUAAUGUGUAUUUAGGUAUAACGUAUAUUCUGAACAUACUGCUGAAAUAAAUGUAUAUAUUGGGUCUUAUU